GCAGAACCAUUCUCCGGAGAUGGAGAGGGGAGAAGAAGUCUUUCGCUCCCAUCCCAACUCGGAGCCAUCCGGAACUUGCACUCGCCCUUCUUGCCCUCCUUUUCUUACUGUGCUCUGUUCCGUCACCACUAGCUCCUCUCCCGCGCGGCUCUGAGUCCCGCUUGCCACUAGUUGCUUCUCGGCAGCCCCCACCCCUACGCGUGGUCCGGCCCGGCGGCUGGCGCAGGUUAUAAAGGUCCCGCCGCUGCAGCUGACAGCGGACUCAAGAUGCGCCCCAAGGUGUCCGGGAGGGGUUGCGCUGGGAGCCGGCCGGGACCCGGACUCGGACCCGGACCCGGGGACCCAGCAGCACUCACCUGUGCGCCCUCAGCCAGUCCCGCUCUGGAGCCCUCUGCGCAGCCGCAGGCACGAGGCACUGGACAGAGAGCAGGAUCCCGAGCUGCCUCUGGAUCCCAAGUCCUCUCGGAAGCCGGCACCGGAGCUCGCCCGGCCUCCGAGGCUGGAGUCAGCGGAGCCCGGCGCCUGUCUGCAUUCUCGGCCAUCCAAGGGGAUGUCCGGUCUGUGCCCAACAAUUCGGACGCGCCGUGGGCCCGCUUCGUAUUCCAAGGGCCGUUUGGUUCCCGGGCCACUGGCCUGGGGACUGGAAAGGCAGCGGGCAUCUGGAAGACACCAGCCGCCUACUUUGGCCGGCGACCCGGGGUGUCCGGCCCUGAGCGCGUCGCCUUUAUUCGGGAGCUGGAGGAAGCACUGUGUCCUAACCUACAUCCGCCAGUCAAAAAGAUUAACCAGGAAGACGUCAAAGUGAUGUUAUAUUUGCUGGAGGAGAGAGAGAGGGACCUGAACACUGCAGCUCGCAUCGGCCAGUCCCUGGUGAAACAGAACAGUGUUUUGAUGGAGGAGAACAGCAAACUGGAAGCCCUGCUUUGCUCAGCCAAGGAGGAGAUUUUACACCUCAGACACCAGGUGAACUUGCGGGAUGACUUCCUCCAGCUCUACUCAGAUUCAGAUGAGGAGGAAGAGGAGGAGGCAGAGGAAGACCAGCAGCGUGCUCAUCCCUGUGAUGCCCCCAAGCUGUGAGAUUUCGCGGAGGCAUUGCUGCACCAGCACCACUGCCCACAGCUGGAAGCCUUGCAGGAGCAGCUGAGGCUGCUGGAAGAGGAGAAUCAUCAGCUGAGAGAAGAGGCCUCUCGACUUGACACCCUUGAGGAUGAGGAACAGAUGCUCAUUCUGGAAUGUGUGGAGCAGUUUUACCUGACCUUCCUUCCUGCUGGGUUCUGCAACUCCCUGAAUGGCCCCACUGGUCCCCAGGCUGCUAGAGAGACUCUUCCUGGUUUCCAGGAGACCCUGACUGAGGAGCUCAGAACGUCUCUAAGGAGGAUGAUCUCAGACCCUGUGUAUUUUAUGGAAAGGAAGUAUGAGAUGCCCAGAGGGGACACAUCCAGCCUAAGGUAUGAUUUUUGCAACAGUGAGGAUGGAGAGCAGGUGUAGGGGUUUGAGGCUGAGGAAGGGUUGAUGCUGGCAGCAGAUAUUAUGCCGGGGGAAGAUUUCACGCCUGCAGAGAAGUUGGUGCCCGAGGAGGAGCUGGGGACUGCCGAAAAGGUGCCGGCUGAGGAAGGGGUGAUGGAAGAGGCAGAGCUGGUGUCGGAGGAGACUGAGGGCUGGGAGGAGGUGGAACCGGAGCUAGAUGAGGCAACGCAGAUGAACAUGGUGACGUCAGCCCUGGAGGCCAGUGGCUUGGGCCCUUCACACCUGGACAUGAAGUAUGUCCUCCAGCAGCAGGCCAACUGGCAGGAUGCCUAUUACAGACGGCAGCUGAGGCGGAAGAUGUUCCAGAAAGGUGAGUGCCCCCAUGGGGACCUCCCUGCCACCAGCCGGACAAGCUGCAGAUCCUCGUGCCGAUGAAAAGAGAGGGUGGAUAAGCUCCCCGAGUGCUCACCUACCCCAGCCUGGCCCAUGCUGAUUUGCAUGGACUUUGCAUAUCGUUUGCAUAGGCAUAUCCGAUCCCCUUCAGUGGGAACUGUAGAGCCAGUGCUCAUUUAUGUGGCAUUUGCUUAGGAUUUCAGAUCUCUAUCCACUUUUCUCCUGGGGGCUGGGCUGGGGGUCAGGACUGGGAUUGUGCCCCCACACUGCGCCUCAGCUUCCUGUCUCCGCCUGCCUGCUUCUCCUGCCCCCUACCCCUGCCUCCUCUGUCCCCCAGGCUCUCCAACCCUGCAGCAGUGGCAGCAGCAGUCAAAAUAAGCACGGGGGUGGGAUUGUGGAGCUGCCCAGGGGCUGACCCAGGCUGGAGGACAGGCCCAGCUACCGUCCCAGGGCCUGGGAGGAAGAGGGGCCUUCUGGGGCUGCCCAGGCUACGGGGACAAAGGCCUCCACCAGCAAGGGCCACAGUUGGACCAGUCCCCUAGUUGUCCAGACCCCUGCCUACCGCCCAGGCCAGGCCUAUGGUCUUCAAUGCCCUGGUUCACAUCCACCUGCUUCUCCUUCCAGGCUUUGCUGUUCCCCAGCAGCCUGCAGAGGCCCCACAGACAGCUUGAGGCCCCUCCUUCUGCCUGGCCAAGCCCACACCCCCAGACCCUCCUUCCCAUCCUCUGAAAUGGGACCCUGUGUCUGUCACCAGCCCACCCUCUGUGUUCAUGAACCUGGGCUGGAGUUUGGGGACCUGGGCCUCCACCCUCUUCAGGGACAGGCGGUAGGAACCCCGGCUGUCGCUCUGUAGCUGGUACAAAAGCUGUGGCUGCCAGGCUUGGGUCACAUGGCAGCCCAGGGGAGGCCCACUGGCUACCAGACCCAGCCCUGAGUGGGGAAUGGCCCAGCUUCCACGGGUAGGGAGUUGUGAGGCCCCUCACCCCUUGAUGCCCAGGCUAGCGGUGGCCACCCCAGUUCUUGUUGACUUGAGGGACCUGGCCGUCUUCCCUGUUCUUCAUCCUUCUUGGUCCCUAUUUACUGUUUGUAACCACAAGUGUCUCUAUGUGUGGGUGGGUGAGGGCCCCUCUGCCCAGUGGUGUGUCUCCUCUCCCUCCCUGCCCUCCCUCUUCUGCCAGUGGCCUGGGGGUGUCCAGGCUCCCACCCGUGGCCCAGCCCCUCUCCCCUCCCUGUUGAUUCCCCCCUCCCUGUCCCGGCUUCCUCUUCCAUGGUCCACCCUCUUCCACACCUUUGUUCCUCAAUAGCAGGGGGCUGGGACUCAGGCCUCCUGCGGGUGCCUGCCCCGCUCCACGCGGCGCCUCUCAGCCUCCUAUUGCUUGUCAGCCUGUGUGCAAGCGGUGCAGGAAAUAAAGGAUCUAUGCGCUCCUGG